AUAGCUGUCACCCAGUUUCAGGAUCAAACACAGUCAAUGAGAAAAGGGCUGUGAGCCGAGGAGGAGACACAGCACAGGGCUCAGGUAACCCCCUCACAGUCCAGCGACACAGAGAACAGCCCAGGACACACAAAAACACACUUUGGAUGAAGAAGGAUUGUGGAAUAUUCGGAUACACUUUGGGGAUAUCUGGGAGAAAGAAGAAAAACACUGCACUACUACACAAGACGCGUUUGGCCGAGCCUUGACGCUCCAAAGUGGGCAUUUUUGUACGGAUAUGAAGUCGAAAAAAGGCCUGAUGAUGUUGUCAGGGAGUGAGACCGAUGAUGAAGACAGCGUGGAUACUCCUCUGGAUCUGUCAUCCAGCGGAAGCAGUGGCAAAAGGAAACGCAGGGGUAAUCUACCCAAGGAGUCUGUGCAGAUCCUCCGAGACUGGCUGUACGAGCACCGCUACAACGCUUACCCCUCUGAGCAGGAGAAAGCCCUCCUGUCCAAGCAGACCCAGCUGUCCACUUUACAGGUGUGUAACUGGUUCAUUAACGCACGGCGGCGACUUCUCCCCGAGAUGCUGCGGAAAGAUGGAAAAGACCCUAACCAAUUCACAAUAUCCAGAAAAGGGAGCAAAGGAGGUGAUGGCUUUUCUGACAAUUCCCAGUCUCCCAAACACAGCAGUCCGGCUGCUUCGACAGAGGAAAGCUUUGACAAGAGAGCACUGCACCCCUCCAACUUUGAACUGGCUGUGCCUAGUGUCCUGAGGAAGGCCAUUUCACCAGUGUCAUCUUCUCCCACCUCCACCACACCCCCCUCUCCGGUGCUCCUGCCCACUCGGCCAUCCGUCAUCUGUCACACCACUGUCACAGGCGCGCUGCAGUCCAGCCCAACAACCUCCAGCCCCCCUGCUCUCAGCCCCCCUGUGGCAAUUAUGAACUGUGAGCGUGCUGCCGAGCUGCUGCAGUCUGUGCAGGCCCAGGCACUGCUCCGGUACCGUGACGACGGGUCUAUCCCACCAGCCACCACCAUCCUUAGUAGCACCAGCAUGGAGGGCAACCUGAGCCCUCGCAGCGGGCUCUUCAACACCCCUCCCCCCACACCCCCAGACCUCACGCAGGACUUCAGUGGCUUCCAGCUCCUGGUGGAUGUGGCCCUGAAACGAGCCGCUGAGAUGGAACUGCAGGCCAAGCAGCUGGUUUCUUAAAGGGACAGAGACACAGGACUGACUUUGUCGACUGUAGAACUCUCUGGAGUUCACUGACUUUUCUGCACGUAACAGAACAAAACCACAUGAAAGCCUGAUCAUUUCUAUUUUUGGUAAACCAAUCAAAGUGAGAAUGUUUUUUAUUGAAAAAAAAAAACUGUAUCAAGGUGCCUUGGCUGUAAGUAGUUGUUCAUUUCAUAGACAUUUGUAUGUAUCGACAUGUGUAUCUUAUUUGCACAGGGACCAAAAAUGUUCUGAGAAAAUGCUGCCUGUCUGGAGUCUUUCCAUUAUACUGUAUGUUAUUUUACAGAGCAGAGCAGAGCUAGACUCAGCCCUUAUCCACAGUGAGACCAACAGGGAUUGGUUGUUCAACAUGUUUACCGUUACAUUUCAGAGACUGGUUCAUGAUUGGUCUGCCUCGUACAUUUGCACACUACGGCAGAAGAAGGUCAUCUCAGUGUCUUAAACAUACUUUGCUCUUGGCAUCUAUGACAAAGUUAUUCACUACUGUAGAAGAUGUUAUGUGUUUCAUGAGUAUAAGUAUAGUUUUGAUUUUGUACUUUACUUUUAGCUGUUUUAAAAAGAAAAAAAACUCUAUACUUUUUUUACUCUUUUCCCAAUGGGGGUAUAUUUCAGAUGACCAAUGUAGCAGGUUCUUAGCGUGAGCCUUCAUGCCAUCAACUCAGCGAAAACAAAAUGGCCAGUGGACAAUAACACUUAACACUACAAAUGUCUUUCCUGAUGGAGACAGCAUUUUGAAAUCACCAAAAAGCAAUUAUCUGUAUUAUAGGACCAUGUGUAUAGUCAAUGUGACACAAUGCCCAAUGAUGUGAUUUCAUUUCAUACUGUGCAAUGUUUGUGGCAAAUUGGGGUCACAUGGGAUUCAAUAAAGUUUUGUUUUUUCUA